GAAACAAGGUGCUGAAAGGUUCCGUGUUGACGUUGGCGCUCUGACGGAAAACAACUUCAGCUAAGCUAGCUCGUUGUUCUUUGUAUGGCAAAGGGGAUUUUAUUGCUCCUAACGGUCUGGAAAGUAUGCCACUGAAUCAAAGAUCCUAAGCUAUAAUGGCGGAUAAAGAGAUUAAACCUCAUCAGUUGGAUGAAGUCACAGACGUGAAAACAAAUGAGACACAAGCCACGUGUCAAAUAAUCAAUCAGGAAGAGAAUGAUCAUAAAGUUACUUCUACAGACACAGAUGCAAUCGCUAAUUCUGAUGACGCCCACACUCAAGCAGAGUGUAUGGUAGAAAAUGCUACAAAAGGGUCUCACCCUCCAUUUGCUCAUCAUGAUAGGGGUGACUGUAAACAGACACAAGAGGAAAACCAAAAUAAAAUACACUGUGAAGCAGAUGGACCACACAUCAAAUCAAAUGAAUUUGGAGACAGCUCAAAAGUCAGUACCAAGAAGAUCACUGCAGCACCACCUGUUGACCAAGACAAGAGUGACCAAGAGGAGAACCUAAAUAAAAUGCAUUGUGAUGAUGAUGGAACUUUUAAAUCAAAUCCAACGGCAUUAUCACAAGAACCACCAAUUUCAGAAAAGGUUUCAGACAAGGAUGUUAUAACAAUUGGCCCUACAAUUCAAGAAGGGUCAGCAGCCAUUUCUGAUGUCCCUGCUACAGUUAGAGAUAAACAAAUGAAUAUCGGUGAAAAAGUAGAUGGAUCACAUGUCAAAUCUGAAGAAUCUGAAGACUCAUUAACAGUCAGUAGCAAGGGGACUGCUGCAGCACCUGCUGGAGAUGAUGAUGGAACUUUUAAAUCAAAUCCAACGGCAUUAUCACAAGAACCACCAAUUUCAGAAAAGGAUGUUAAAACAAUUGGCCCUACAAUUCAAGCAGGGUCAGCAGCCAUUUCUGAUGUCCCUGCUACAGUUAGAGACAAUAAAAGAAGACUUUGGAUUGGUGUUGUAUUAGCUGUAGUUGUUGCAGCUCUUUUGCAGCAAUUCCUUCAGCCCGAGUCUCCACCUCAGAAAACAAAUGUCCACCCAAUAGACAUCUUUCGUCAAGAAAUGGAAAAAGUGAAGCUCCAGUUCCCGAGUCAACGUGAAGAGUUAUGGAAGAGAAGCAGGAUCCAUUUGCAAAGACACUUCCUGAUAGCGCAGCCCACUGAACCGGUCAGCAUAAUCCUGACUGCUGGUGUGCGGGCCGAGGGCACACUGCGCUGCCUGGCUCGGAGUAUAGCUUCUGCCUUGUCCUCUGCUCUCAAUGCCUCUGCCCUUCACUUAGAGGGAGCCAGCAAAUCCAACCAGGACAGUGACAUGGUCAAAUCAGACAUUGACAGCCAGCUGCAGAAGGCCUUUGAAGGAGGCAAACCUAUUGCUGUUAUUCACCGUUUUGAGGAGCUACCUCCAGCUUCAACCUUAAUAUUUUAUCGCUACUGUGAUCAUGAGAACGCAGCCUUCAAAAAAACCUUUUUAAUCUUCACAGUACUUCUAGGAGAAGAGGAGGAGAUUGACGCUAAGAUUCGUCUGAGUGAAGUAGAGGAGAUGGUGACCGACCAUUUACAGAAGAAGUUUCUCGCACAUGAUCAUCCCACUGCUUUUGAUAAAAUGGAUAUAGACAAAUACGGUGGUCUGUGGAGUCGCAUAUCUCACCUUAUUUUACCUGUAUCAACAGAACGAAGGAUUGAAAAAACGGGACAAUGCUAACUUAACAGCUGCUUUAGCUUCAACUGAGAACAUUUUAUAAUGACUCAAUUACAAAAUUGCAUUUCCAAUGGCAUCAGGGGAAAAGCACCAUGCUUUUUUAUCAAAAUGUUUUAAUAUAGUAUUCAGUACUUUAUUUUGUUUUCAAUCAAAUGUUUUAUAAUUUAAACAAAUAAUGGUUUAGUAGAUGUGAAUCUUUUAAACAACAUUGUUAAGAUAUUUUAAGAAUGCACUUGGUAUGAUAGGUCUGUCAGAUCCAUGUAAAUGUGCCUUAUACAACAAUAAAAUUGCAUUGGUUAACAAAUG